UGCUUACCUCGUUGCGCUCUUUAUCUUUUGUAUAUGCACGUUAGCUAUACACACUUUUAUCGAAGUAAACGUUUCGUGUUGUGCAUUGUAUAGUAGUGGUAGCAAUAAAAAGAAGUAUAAAGAAAACGGAAUAUACGGAUCAAGUAAGAGAAAUAUUUACUUGCAUACACUACUAUUCUUCAUGUGCGAAUUCUGGUUAUGGCUUUUUAAAAGAUCUGUUACUGUUCUUUUAAUAUACUUUAUUCUUCCAUGCUCUGUAUGUAUAUUAAAACGUCGAGGCAAAGUUACGUAUAACUAUUUCUACGUAAUGAAUAGAAAUAUACAAAAUAAUGGGCUGAUUUCUUAGUAUAUAUUCUGAAAGAAUACUUAUGAAUUUUGAAAGCACAUGCCAGGAUAAGGAUUUGUAAACUUUUAUCUUCGAUAUCUAAGACUAGAUGAAAGACUUAAAUGAAAAAUUAUUGCAGUUAUUAUCUGCACAAAAAAUUUCAUCUCUUAAAACAAGCGAUAUUCAUGCAAAUCAACUAACAUAUGAUACUGGUUCUGAUAAUGACAAUGCUUCUAAAAUAGAAUCUAAGACUUCUGUAUCUCCAUUAUUCGGUCAUUAUAGAUAUGACUGCUCCUUUCUUCAUCAUGAUAAUUCUGUUAAUUUACCAACUUUACCCACAUAUUUGCCACCAAUUGGAGUAUUUUGGGAUAUUGAAAAUUGUCAUGUCCCAAAAGGAAGAUCUGCUAUGGCAGUUACGCAAGUGAUUAGAGAUAAAUUUUUUAGUGGUUACCGAGAAGCAGAAUUUAUUGUUGUUUGCGAUGUUCAAAAAGAAAGUAAUCAAGUAAUGCAAGAAUUAAAUGAUGCACAGGUUAAUUUAAUACAUGUUGCUGCGACAUGUAAAAAUGCUGCCGAUGAAAAACUUAAACAGUCUAUCAGAAGAUUUGCUGAUAUUCAUGGUAGUCCAGCAGCAAUAAUUUUAAUAUCAGGAGAUAUUGAUUUUGCUGCUGAUCUUAGUGAUUUACGAUACAGAAAAAAAAUUCAUGUGAUACUUCUUCAUAAUAAAAGUACCUCAGAAGCAUUGAUACUAUGUGCUAAUGAACAUUAUGAUUUUAUGGAUCUUAUGGAACCAUUGCCAUCUAGACCUUUAUUAAAGAUUAGCGAAUAUUAUGAUCUCAUAGUCAAUAAUCUUCCUGAAGAUAAGGAUGUUGUAGUUAUUAAACGACGACUUCAAAAAUUGUCUGAUAAUUGCGGUGGUCGAGUAAUAGGAAUCCAAUUUAAAACUGCUAUUGUGCGUUUUUCUUCAGAAACUUCUGCAAGAAGGGCUCAGAAACGUAUGGAUGGAGAAUAUGUUUUUGACUCAAAGAUUUCUGUAAGAUUUCACAAGGAAACAGGAAACAGUAACAAUAAAAGUCAAGGAAAUUCCAUAACUCGAAAUCGUGCUAUAAGUGAAUCAGAAAUUAUAGCUAACUCUUCUAGGCAAAUGUAUAGUGCAAGUGCUUCAAUAGCGGGUGCACGAACCCUUCAAGUUCCACAUUAUCAAUCAUCAUCGCCUGUGGUAGGGCCAUAUACUACUUGGGCAGGAGUACCCUGUGCUCCUGUUAGUAUUUCUUCAGGAAUGAUUCAACAACCACCAAUUAUUGUUGCUAGACCAUAUUCAUCAAAUAGUGAUGUAACAUUUAACAGAACUUAUAAUGAACUAACUAGAGUUCAAUCACCAUUGAUUUGGCAAGUUGCUGGUUCUCAGCAAUUUAAUCAUUUAUGGGAAGACCAAUAUAAGGUGGAAAAAACAAAACUAUCAAGCAAACGAAUACAUGCCCCGCAGGCUCGGGACAAUAGUGCUGCUAAUGGUACAAUAUCAAGAACACCAGAAUGUCUUAGACCUAUCAGAGGAGCUCACAAUUCAUUCAUUCAUGCUUCAGAAUGGGCAGUUCAUUCUCAAACAAAUACCUUCAAACGCCGUAGUCCAUCUCCUAUGUAUGAAUCUCAGAUACAUGAACGAAAUAAUCAAUGGAAUGGACAAAACCAACAUUCUGUAUUCAUACGUAAUACCAGAACACCAUCACCAUAUGAAGGUACUAUGAUACGGGUUAUAAAUCAACAAAAUAAUCAUUUCUCUCCAUAUCAUCAAAAUGAUGCAGAAAAUGAAGAAGUAGAAAAAUUUUUUCAUCCAAUAAAUCGUAAUGGAAAUGGUACAUCUAAUGGAAGUUAUACACCUAUUGAAUUACAAGUAAGCAAUUUAGAUCAAAACAUUGACCCAAAGGAAAUGAAGCAUAUUCUUUCAUCUAUUUUCAUGGAGCACGUAACAGUUUUGCAUGUAUCUAUUUUUAUGCAAUCUGAUGGUAACUAUGCAGCUAGUGUCAAAGUAGCUUCUUUGCCAGAUGCACAAUAUGCAAUUUCUCAAUUACAUCGUCGUAAAAUUGGAUAUAAGCGUAUAUUAAUAUCGUAUGCUCAUACUGGAGGUCCAAAUCCUCAACUCAUACGUGCACAAAUUGUAAUGCUUUUGCAAGAAGUACCAGGUCAUAAAUUGCCACUUUUUAAAUUUCGAGAAAUGUAUGAAAGUCGUUUUAUGAUAUCUAUUAGUAUUUCUGAAUUGUAUAAAAUGAAAGAUGUAUGUAUUGUCACUGAAGAUGCUAGUGGAAGAAUGGUAUCUCUUAAUCCAGAUCAUAGAAAUACACCAUCUCCAUGUUUCAGUACUCCAACUCAAGAAGGAUAUGUAGAAUUACCAUAUUGUAUUAAACAUACAUCAAAACCAUGGUCUGAUAAAGGUUGGGCUGAGCAAGAAAUGGCAUCUUUACCAAAUGUUAAUGUUUCUCUAAAAUUACUUGCUCCGCGUAUACAGCAAUUAUUAACUAUGCACAAUGGAAGUUUGCCAUUACCCAGUUUGCCAAAUUGUUAUGCAGCUGAAUUUAAAGAACAUUUAAAGGUGAUAGAAAAUGGUGUACCUUUAGAACAUUUAGUAUCAUGUCUAUCAUUUGUUCAAUUAAAGCAAGGUAUUGGAAGUGUCAAAUACCUUAGUUGGGCUUUAGAUAAAGAUCACGAUGAAAGCCAUGAAGAAAAUAAAUGUGUUAGCCCUCCAUUGGCAAAUCAAUUGGCUUUGUUUAGUCGUGAAUUAGUGGACCUUCUAAAAACUGCUCCACACUGCCAACUACCAUUUAAUCGAUUUAUUCCAGCUUAUCAUCACCAUUUUGGAAGACAAUGUAGAGUGGCUGAUUAUGGAUUCACCAAAUUAAUCGAUUUAUUAGAAGCACUUACACAUACUGUUCAAGUAAUGGGAGAGGGAAAUAAACGAGUAGUAACACUUUCUCAUCGUGCUCAAGUACGUCGUUUUACAUCAGAUUUACUAAGAGUGUUAAAAUCAAAAGCUAGUAAACAAGUGACACUUUCAGAAUUUCCAAAUGUUUAUAGCAGAGUAAUAGCUAAGCCAUGGGAUAUUGUUGAUUAUGGUGUAUGUGAAAUUGAAGAUAUUCUUAGCGAAGUAUCAGAGAAUACAGUUGUUAUGACUACAAUUAGUGGAGGCGAUAAAAUGAUAGCUAUCCCCAAACGUGAACAAACUGCAGAAGAAAUAGAACGUACAAAACAAUUUGCAUUUGAGGUUGUAGAAUUAUUGAGACAUGUUCCUCAAUGUAAAAUGUUAUUUAAUAAAUUUGUGCCAUCUUAUCAUCAUCACUUUGGUCAUCAGUGUCGUGUAUCAGAUUAUGGAUUUACUAAAUUGAUAGAAUUGUUUGAAGCUAUACCAGAUGUAGUUAAAAUCGAAGAUGGAAGUAAUGGUGAAAGGCAAAUUAGUUUGACAGAAAAAGAGGGUUUGCGUGUUCUCAGUGAACAAAUAUCAAAGCUAGUAGCUCAUACAAAAAGUGGUCUUAGUGUUUCGAAUAUCGUUCAGAACUUCUUACGACAAUUUGGCUAUGCAUUGCGUCCAGAAUUAUUUGGCUGUAAUUCUGUAUUACAACUCAUGCAGAAACUUGAUGACAGUGUAAAGAUUAUAGAUUUAGCUACAGGACCAGUAAUAGUUGCAAUAGAUAAAUCUCACUUGCAGCAGUUAGCUUUACAAUGUCGCAGAGUGUUAAUGGAUCAACCUCAAUAUAAAACGCCUGUAAAAGAAUUUCGACAACAAUAUUCUCAAUAUUAUUCAAAAAUUUGUAAUAUUGAAGAGCUUAAAAAAGAUUUAUCUCAUGUUGUUCAGUUUACAACAAUCAAUGAAGAAAAUUUCAUAGAACUAACUCCAUUACAUUGCUUUGCAUGUAAUUUAUAUCGUGUUAUGAUGAGUUGUGGAGGUCAACUAAAUCUUUCACGUUUUGAAGCUGCAUACCUAGCAGUCAAUGGUUCAGCAUGCAGAGCUGCUCAAUAUGGUUUUCCAACAUUAACAGCUCUUUUACAAGCAUUACCUUGUACUGUGAUAUUAAAAGAUACACGAAAAGAUAAACGGAAAAAGAAAGUAAUAUAUCUUAAUAAAAAAUUAGCUGCUGUUGGUAUUGCAUUACCUGUAAUGUAUGCAUCAGGUUCAUCAUAUCAUGAUACAGACUCUAGCAAUGAGUCAUUCGAAAGUGAUUCUUCAUCACGUAUAAAUGCAUCUAGUAAUGCUUCCACAUUGGAAGAACAUGGAAAAUGGAUAACACACGUAAUUAAUGGUCAUAAUUCUUGGAAACAAGAUGAAGAUAACCAUUUUUGGACACAAGAUUGUGAAAAACAUUGGAAAGUCUUAACAUAUUCGGAAGAACGAUCAAAUAAUUGGCCAUUAUUUGAAAAUAACAAUGGAGAUUUUCUUAAAAAUUUGAUACAUACACCAACAAUUAUACAAAACGAUUUUCCAGCUCCUCCACCUAAGCCUGAUUCUCCACCUGAGGUGGAUAUAAGAACAGAUAAUCAAUGGAAGUCUUCAGUAUGGAUAGCACCAACAAAGAUUUUAUAUUCGCAAGAUGAACGGGUUACGAAUGUAGAAGUACCUCCAUUAACUUUACCUUCCUGGAAUCAAAUAUCUGAGGAUGACACAUUAAAUUUAUUAUCACCAACCAAAAACUUAUUACCAGCUGCUGCAAAUCCGUUAAAUCCACGUACGUCACCUUAUUUUUCAAAUAAGCACAAUUUAGUUGUAGCACCACAUCCAUCCGAAUUACCGCUACCUUCAUUGUCGCUGACACCGAAAAAGAAUGUGUCCUCUGAAAGCAUUACAGUCGUGCAAGACUGCAUAGGAAAACAAGACGUUAAUUCUAACAAUAUUAGUGAAGUUAAUAACACAGGAAAUUUCGAAAAAGAAAAUAAUGUUGAUAAUAAGAAAAAUGAAAUUCUCAACACUCCAACUAAACCAUUAUUUACAGGAAAGCGACGUUUAGCAGCUCAAUUCAACCAACCUCUUCAAUCAUAAAUAUAAAUUGAGAUUUAUAACUCAAUUGAAUGCAGGCAGUUAUUUUAAUUUAAAGAUGUAAACGUUUGAGGUUUUAACUCAUCGGUAGAUCGCUGCACAAUCAUUUGAGUACCUAUAAAACUACCCCUUAGUCG